AUGUCAUUAACGCUAUUUGGUAAUGAUAACAGGAGUAAACAUAUAGGAAUAAAUGCGCCCGCAGGACGGGUUGGACAUUCUCUACAUAUUUAUUAUGAGUUGAGUUUAACAAAUGUAAGUGAUAGUUCUAUAAAAGAUAAAGAAGAGGAUUAUAUAUUUGAAAAAAAGUUGGAAACAUUGAAACAUUAUGAACAUAAUAGAAGAAACGAAGGAAAAUUUGAUGAUACAAAUGAAGAAGAGCAAGAGCAACAAGAAGAAGACGAAGAACAAGAACAAGAACAAGAAGAACAAGAAGAACAAGAAGAACAAGAACAGCAACAACCAAAUUAUGAAAAUACGGGCAACUGGAAUGAAACUAGAACAAAUGAGAAUAUUAUUACCGAAUGUUGUGCUGAUACCCAUAACUUUAUGAAAUAUAACAAGUUGGGCAAUAAGGAGUAUAAUAAUAAAUAUAUUUAUGGAAAGUAUAAAAUAAUAAUAUUUGGUGGUGGAAUAUUAGAUGAUGAAUUUAUAAAAAAUUAUUCGAAUGAAUAUUUAAUGAAUGGAGGAGGAUGUGGAUUUUAUAAUAGUGAAAAAAGAAGUACAAAUUAUAUGAAUUGUAGUUCUAUGAGUAUAGAAAAUUAUUUACAUAAAACUUUUAAUGAUAUACAUAUAUGCGAACAGGAAAAUAGUAAUUUUGAAUGUUGGCAAAAUAUUAAGACAUCGAAUAUACCAGACCCUAGAGCAUUUCACGCCUCGUGUAUUGUCAAUUUAGGACUAAAUGGAGUUUUUUUAUUUAUUCAUGGAGGAAAAGUUAAAAAUAAUAUAUUAGCAGAUGAUACAUUAUAUGCUUUAAAUUUAAAUAAUCUUUCUUUUUAUGAUAAUAGUAGUACAUGUGCUAAUCAUAAUACAUUUGAAUCAGUGGAACAGCAAGCAUAUGAUACAUAUGAAAGCAGUGAUAAUAAUAAGAAUAAUAAUAAAUAUGAAGAGGAGAAUGAAGAGAAAGAGCACACAACAAAGGAUGAUAAUAUAACUUGUAGCAGUUACAUGUACGAAGAAAAAAAAUCAAUUAAUGGAUCAAAUAAAAAAUGUUAUAACAGCGAAUAUGAUGAGGAAUAUAAUUAUAGUAAUUUAAAGGAAAAAAAUAAAAUAUCCAAUUUUUAUAAAAAGGUUAUUAAGAUGGAUAUUAAAAGGUCUAAGAAAAAAGAAGUAAUAAAAGGAGAAAGUGUAUGCAGAGAUACUGUUGUAACUGAUGAAAAUCUUAAGGCGUCAAUUCUGAAUAGAAGUAACAAUAUUAGUCAAUCCUUUGAUAACGAUAAUAAUAGUACUACUACAUCAUUUCUCUUGAACGAAAAGGGAAAUGUUGAUAUGUUUGUACUAGAAAAGGAGCAUGCCUAUGAGAAUAGUAGUUGUAUUAAUGGAACCAAUGGUGGUAAUGGGUACGAAAAAAAGGAGAAACAACAAGAAGAUAAGAAAGAAGAGGAGGAAGACAAAAGCAAAAACAAUCUAUUAAAUAAUUUAAUUAAUAAAAAGAAAAGACGUGUAUCAUCAUCGUCCUAUUUAUGUUCUGCUUCAAAUGUGUCUAGUUCAUCUGCCUCUUCUUCAUUGUCUUCUACUUCCUCUAAUUCUUUUGUACCGUAUGAAUCUCAUUUAUAUCGAACAAACUUAUAUCUUAAUAAAAGUAACAACGAAUAUGAUAAUUACAACAGUAAUAAUGUUCUUGUAAAUUCUCGAGUCCCAGUUGAAAGUUUACUUUUAAGAAAAACAACAUCAUCUUGUAGUGAAGCAUUUGACGAUACGAAUAAUAAUUGUACCUCCAAUUCAAUAAAAGUAAAAAGAAAAUGGAUGAAAAUAACAACAGUAGGAAGUAAACCUAAUAGCAGAUAUGGUCAUACUUUGGAUUUUUUAUAUCCACAUUUAGUUUUAUUUGGUGGUAAUGAGAAGGUAGGGGAUGAAGAAAAUUUUUAUUGCAAAAAUGAUCUUUGGGUAUUAAAUAUAGAAAAUUGUAAAAUAAAAUAUAAAAAAAAAACAAAACAAAAUAAAACAAAAAAUAGUAAAAUUUUUUAUUUUACUUGGCAAGAAAUUGAAUACAAAUCUAUUUCUCCCUUAGGAAGAUAUUUUCAUUCAACAAGUAUAUGGUAUGAUAAAAAAAAGAAAAAAAAUAAUUUAAUUUUAUAUGGAGGAAAAGUGAAGAAUAAAACAAAUAGUAGUAGGUUAUUUUCGUUACAUAAAAAUGGAAAUAAUUGGUACUGGAAUAUUUUACCAGUUUAUAUUGAUAACUUAAAUGAAAAUAGAGCAUAUCAUUCAAUAGUUUGUAUUCGUAAUUAUAUAUUUAUUAUUGGUGGAGAAGAGUAUACUUAUAAAUAUAUAGAAAAAAUGCCUUCUGCUUUAUACUCUUUUGAAACCAAGAAGUUUCAGUACAUCAAUGAUUUUACUGCAAAAGCAUGCUUAAAAUGUUUUGCAAAAGAUGAUACUAUUUACACCUGGGGAGGAUUUACUGAUAUUCCAUGUAAUAAUGAGAAUUGUUUUCCUAAUAAUUUUGUACUAUUAGAUAUAAAUCUACAUAUUUUAUGUAUACAGAUGAAGGAUGGCUUAUAUGAUGAAUAUGAUGAAAAAUCGAGCCUAGUUAUUAAGGCAGAAGUUGAUUCAGAUGAUAAUAAUAUUUAUAAUAGGAUUAAUGAAAAAAUUCAAAAAAUAGAAAAUAAGAAAAUAGAAUUAGAAAAGGAUAUGUUGUAUCAAAUAAAAUUAAAUAAUAAUAUGAGCUAUCGUAUAAAAUCUCAAAUGAUACAAUAUGAAAGGUUGGUACAUUUGUUAAAUGUUAAACAAAGGCAAAAUUCGCAUUUAUUAAAUUUAUUGAAAAGGCAAAGUUUGCAUCUAAUUAACAACAAUGGAAAUGUAAGUAGUAAUGACAUCAAUAUGUACAAUGAUAGUAAUAUUAAUGCAAUAAUAAAUAACAGUAGCAUGGACAGUAAUAUUAUUAAUUACAUAAGUCAUAACAAUGAGGAGUUUUUUAAAAUAGAUAUUAAUGAAAAUGUAAAUGAAAAUUUAAUGAAACUUUCAAAUCUCCACAUGCAUCAGAUACAUAAUAAUAAUAAUUGCCCAAAUAACGAUUAUGAAUGUAAUGCAAUAGUAAAUCAGGAUUUUCAAGGCAAAAAUAUGAUGAAUAUGAAUCAAGUGGGUUUAACAGAUUUUACGACUUACAAAAACAUGCUAAAUAAUAAUGAAAAAAUACAAAGUAUUCCAUUUACAGACAGCACAAAUGAAAAGGAAAAAAAUAAUGAAGAAUACGAAUUUUCGCAGUUACGGUAUGAACGAAGUUUUUCCAAAAAUACAAUAUUUGAUGCUAAAAAUAAUGAAAAUGGUUAUAAUGAGCAAGUAAAAAUCGAAGCAUUGUGCAAUAUGCAACAAGAAGAGACAUCCAAAUUUCUGGAUAAAACACAACAUUGUUAUUUAAACAAAACGCAUAAUACGGAAAUAAAUAAUUCCCUUUGUAAUGAAUAUAAAAAUGAUUAUUCCAUCUGUGUAGGUAACAAAUUAAAUUAUACAAACAGUUCACCUGAUAUGUUUAUAAAUAAUAGUUUUAAUUUUAUGAACAAUAAUUUCACAAGUCAUGUAGACAACAUUUCUGCAAAUAUUCCGAAGGAUAUCAACAGCAAUAUAGUGCUUGGUAGUUCUUCAUCUACAAAUAGGGAUAUUAUUUAUAAUGAAAAUGAAAAUUAUAGUUCAAUAAAAUAUGCUGCACAUGAAAACACACAAGUUAAAACGGAAAUAAAAUAUACAGAUAGAGAACCAUCAAAUCAAAGAGUUCGCCGAAAAACGGCUGAAAGAUGUUUGAAAUUAAUUGAACAAGAUAUGUUAAAUAGAAAGUUGAGUGAAAAAUAG